AUGGACACAUUAUUUCAAGAAAAUGAUCAAAAACUGGACUUUGAUUCGACACAAAAUAUUUGUCGAUGUUGUUUAUCAACAAACAGACGUAUGACGAAAAUUGAUUUCUUUCGUGACCUUUUUAUUGAUUUAGCCGAUAUUAUUGUUUCAGAUUCUGAUGGGCUUCCUCAAUGGAUAUGUUACGAAUGUAGUGCAAUACUGCUCAAAAGUGUAAGAUUCAAACACAAAGUCCUCAGAGCCCAUGCCUUGCUAUAUGAUUAUCAUACUAGAUGUGCUCCGUUUCCAAUAGAUGGCCAAGAUCCCGAACUUACUAAGUAUAAGAGUCCACAUUUGACACAAUCAAGUAUACUUGUGCUUGAUACAAGUAAAAGUAAAGUUGGCUAUCAUAAGGUUUUGGAGCAUGAAAAACAAUAUUCUGCAUCGAAAUUAGAUGAGCUACCUAUAACAGACGUGCAGAAUUUUUUCGAAGACAAUUUUUCUGUAAAGGACGAAGUUUUUGAAUGUGAUGACAAUAUACCCUUAUUUGAGAUUAAGACAAAAAAAUUAAAAGAAUCAGAAGAGUUAUUUGAUGAAGAGAAGAAAGACAAGAAGGAGAAAAAGAAGAAAGUUAAGAAGAAGGUAAAGAUUAAGAAGGAAGUUGUUGAUGGGCAAAAGACUGAUGUAGACACAGCAUUAGAAGCUACGGAACCAAAGAGGACUCUGAGAAAACCAAUAAAUAUAGAUGAGACUAAAAUAAGAAUUAUUAAGUUGGAUCCAACAGAACAAUUACGUCAAAGAGAAGAUGAAAGUAAACUAAAGUUUCCAUUUCAAUGCCAUUUGUGUUAUAAAGGGUUUAACUUUGAAGUAAAAUUGCGUAACCACAUGUUUAAACAUAACCCGGCGCGAGGCCCGUACAAGUGCCACAUAUGCUCGAUGUACCUCCCCACCGCGUACUCCGCGUCCGUGCACUCGCUCACGCACACGCGCCGCUACGAGUGCGUGCAGUGCGGCCGCCGCAUGCUCGACCGGCUCGCCAUGUUCAACCACUACCAAUCCCAACAUGAAGGUGUGCUUUCAGUGUUCACGUGCCACAUAUGCGGGAAAGUAUCUAACAACGAUAAAACACACCGAGGUCAUAUGAGAAAUCACCAUUCCGGCACGAGGGUGAAGUGCGAUGAAUGCGGCAAGAGCUUCAUCAACAGAGACUCGCUUUUUGACCAUCAGCUUAUCCACCAAGGAAUCAAGAAUUAUGAAUGUGAAAAAUGCGGUAAAAAGUUUCGGACCAGGAAUCAAAUUAGAUACCACAUGCUGAAACAUAGCGACUCGAAGGAUUAUUACUGCGUUGAAUGUGACGUUAGAUUCAAAUCAGCGCACACACUGCGACAGCAUUUGAAGCGGUCUUCCAAACAUAAAGACAAGAAGAGUCUCAAAUUCGAGUGUAGCACGUGCGGCAAGCGGUACGAGACGGGCGCGCUGCUGGCGGCGCACGCGCGCGUGCAGCACGAGGGCGUGCGCGAGCACGCGUGCGGCGCGUGCGGCGCGCGGCUGGCGUCGCGCGCGUCGCUCGCCAAGCACGCGCGCUCCGUGCACGCGCGCGCGCGCCCGCCGCCCGCGCACGUCUGCCACACCUGCGGGAAGAUGUUCAGGGCCAAGUCCACGCUAGUGAACCACGUGCGCACCCACACCGGCGAGAAGCCGUACGAGUGCGGCAUCUGCGGCCGCAGCUUCGCGCAGCGCACCGCCAUGCGCACGCACGUCAAGCUCGUGCACCUCAAGAUGCAUAGGAGCGCUAAGAUAAAACCAAAACUGCCGCAACCUGAAGCUCUGCCGAAGUCCGAUGCUUUCAAGGAAGAGUCGCCUGUCAUGUUUGAAUGGCGUCAGGGAAUUCAAAACGAAUUCUUUACAGUUACUGCGGGACCU